AUGAUUCGACCGCAGCGGCGUCUGACGGCGGUGCUUCUCAUCUGCUGCGCUCUGUUCGUCAUGGGUGAGGCAUUUGUCGCCGAGAGGCCUCUCAGGUCCGCCAUGGAAGACGAGGAGGGGCCCUUCGCCCUCAGCAGCUACGUGAGGUCCCUCCUCAACGCCUACCGACACGUCUGGCCGGUGCGCCGCUUAUUUCCUUCCCUCUCCAGAUUUGAUUUCUUCCCGCUUCUUCCUCCCGAGGGGGAUUCCAAAUUUCCUUCUUCUGGCAGGACAUGGAGUUCGGGUGGAAGCUGGUGGUGGGUUCUCUGAUAGGUUUCAUCGGCGCCGGCCUGGGCAGUGUCGGCGGCGUUGGCGGUGGCGGCAUCUUCGUCCCCAUGUUCACCUUGGUCAUCGGCUUCGACCCCAAGUCCUCCACCGCACUCUCCAAAUGUAUCUCUCUCUCUCUCAGUACCCUUCCUGCAAGCGAUUAUUCUUCUCCAAAUACCUUCCUGUGAAGCGCCAUUUGUUCUCCUCGCAGCCGUCUGCCUUGUCAUGCAGUCGUCUUUUGAUCACUCUCUCUCUCUCUCUCUCUCUCUAGAGCAGGGUUACUGAAAGCGUUUAUUCUUCUCCAAAUUCCUACCUGCUCCAGGCAUGAUAAUGGGGGCCGCGUCGUCGACGGUGUACUACAACCUGAAGAUGAGGCACCCGACGCUGAACAUGCCGGUGAUAGACUACGACCUCGCGCUGCUCUUCCAGCCCAUGCUCAUGCUGGGCAUCAGCGUCGGCGUCACCUUCAACGUCAUCUUCCCCGACUGGGUCGUCACCAUCCUCCUCAUCGUCCUCUUCCUCGGUACCCAUCUCCAACUAUGAGAAAGAAAGAGAGAGCGAGAGAGAUGGCGAUGCUAUUCAUAGUAAACUUUGUUUAAAACUGAAGUGGAUGAUGGUGAUUCCAGGUACCUCCACCAGGGCGUUCAUCAAGGGGGUGGAGACCUGGAGGAAGGAGACGGUCAUGAAGAAGGUAAUAGACCCAGCCAAUUCUCUGGCCCUCUAAACUCCUGCACAGGGCUGCUCUGAUAAUCUAUGUACUGUUUCAGGAGGCAGCUCAGCUCCUGGAAACAUCUCACCAAAAUGGUAACCCCGCUAGAUCCCUCCCAGCUAAAAAAAGAAAGCUUUGAUUCCAUCAGUUUCUUCAUGAAACCGCCUAAAAAGGGUAACGAUGCGCAAAAGAGACAGCUAACUGUGUGUAUUGUGUUCCAGACAGCUCCGCGGUGGCUUACAGACCUCUCCCAGGUGGCCCUGCUGCCGCCGCAAACAUCCAGAUGGGGCCCUCUGAAGAUGCAGAGGUUUCAGUUAACUGAUUAAAUAAAUAAUUUAUUCAUCCCAAAAUCAUGCUCUUUAUUCUAAAAUUAGGACGAAUAUUAGAAAGAGUGAUGACAUCAACUUGAUGCCCUCCCAGGCAGCAGCCGCCAUGGUCUGUGCUCCUCGUAAAGACUAUCUGCUGCUUCUCUUUGUGUGGGUGGCAUUCCUCGCUGUGCAGAUAAUUAAGGUGAUAAUUGACGGUUUUCUUCCUCCUGGUGCUGCUAAAUUGAAGAAUUAUGACGUAAUAAUGUACCUCAAAUACCUGCGCAGACUUUUGCAAGGACCUGCUCCUUAGAGUACUGGAUUCUAAACGCAUUGCAGGUAAGAUCUAAGGCUGAAAUCUUCCUACCCAUGUCUACCACCUUCAGUAAGACCUCAUACGGUCAGCUUAUGGUCAACUUAUGACAUAUUCUAUAAUAAAUAAAGUCUAUCUCUAGACGAGCUUUGGAAGCAUUCUAACUGAUCUCUGCUCUCCUGAAGCUGCCAAUUGCUGCUUCUGUGACUCUUUAUGAGGCCGCUAGCUUGUACAGUGGAAGAAGGGUUAUCUUGUCAAGGGGAAAGCAGGACAUGAAGUGGAAAAUCCACCAGCUUUUUCUGUACUGCUGCUGCGGAAUAUUAGCUGGAAUUGUCGGAGGUCUACUUGGUCUAGGAGGAGGAUUCAUAUUGGGACCUCUUUUUCUCGAACUCGGAGUUCCUCCUCAGGUUCGUUCCUCUUGACUGACCAAAGAAUCUGCCCACGACUUGUACGAGUUAUGGUACUUGGACUGCAAAUAUCAUGCAAAUAACUAAAAUUGACGUAUAAUAUUCCGCUUAGUCGAAAUGAUACUGGUUAGUCGAAAUGAUCCAAGAUCCCUAAUCUGAUCUCCUCUCUUCCAAGAUAAAUAAUUUCUGAUUUUCUACAUCUAAAUUGGAAAGGGUCUGACAAGUUUGUUUACCAAAGUUUGAUGCUAUAUCAGAUCUUAUACAUGUAUAUGAAUCUCUGGUGCAAUGCCUGAAGACAGUGGCUGAUCAGCUCAAGCUAUGCAUUUUCAGGUUGCAAGCGCAACUUCAACCUUUGCAAUGGCGUUCUCGUCAUCCAUGUCUGUCAUACAGUAUUAUAUAUUGGGCCGUUUCCCUGUUCCAUAUGGUAAAUUUCAGAACAUCCUUGUUAUCAUCGAACUAUUUAUUUCAGAACAAAUAUUCAACUAUUUAUUUUUGUUUCAGCGGUGUACUUUAUAAUUCUGGCAACUAUUGCUGCUUUCACCGGUCAGCAUGUAGUGAGAAGAUUAAUCAUGCUGCUGGGCCGAGCAUCACUGAUAAUCUUCAUCUUGGCGUUGACAAUCUUCGUGAGUGCAAUCAGCUUGGGUAAGCGUUGACCAUGUUCCUAAUAUAGUAUUUAAUGCAUAUUUCCGUGCUUGAUGAGUCAUUGUCUGCUGCAGGUGGUGUGGGCAUUGCAAACAUGAUUAAAAAGCUGGAGACCAAAGAUUACAUGGGUUUUGAGAGCCUAUGUUACCGCUAG